AAAAAAAUUUGAGUAUAUAUACUUAAUUUAACUAUUUAAUUAAAAUGAAUAUAAAAAAAUAUAUCUUUUUCAUUUCAAUGAUGAAAAUGACAUGUUGAUAGUAUUUAAUGCAAUCUAAAUCUGCAGUUCUACUUACUACCGAAUUCAAUUAAAGCCUCUCUCUGUCUCUCUAUCUCAUUUCACCAUUAUUGUUUGUGAGAGAUUUGUUCAUCUUUUGACAUGGGAGGUGUUGAAGAACUUCAACUCAGCAUCAUUAGAGCAAAUGAAUCCAACAACAACCAGCCAAUAACUUGUUCUUCUCAUCAACACAGAAAACUUACAAUUUCAAUUCGAAUCGGAAUCUAUUCAUUCUUUGUUCUUUGUGGACAAGCAGUAGCAACCUUAUUAGGAAGAUUGUAUUAUGAAAAAGGUGGAAAGAGUAAAUGGAUGGCUACACUUGUUCAAUUAGUAGGAUUUCCUAUUUUUCUUCCUUACUAUUUCAUACCAAAUAAAAAUCAUAAGUUACUAGUUACCAAAACCAAAACAAAUAAGUUACUAGUUACCACAAUUUACUUUGUUCUUGGCCUACUCAUAGCAGCAAAUUGUUACCUUUACUCAGUUGGACUUAUGUACCUUCAAGUAUCAACUUACUCAAUCAUAUUAUCAUCUCAAUUAGCUUUCAAUGCUUUCUUCUCAUUCUUUCUCAACUCACAAAAAUUCACUCCUUACAUAAUAAACUCCCUAGUACUUCUCACCAUCUCCUCUCUUUUGCUAGUUUUCGAACCCUGAAUCCAAGACUCUUCUUCUUCUUCUUCUAAAAUCUCAAAAGGGAAGUAUGCAAUUGGGUUUAUUUGCACAUUGGGUGCCUCAGCAGGGUCUGGUUUGAACCUAAACUUAACUCAAUUUUUCAUGAAAAAAGUUCUUAAAAAUGAGAGCUUUUCAGUUAUCAUUGAUGUUAUAGUGUUUCAAUCACUUGGGGCAACUAUUGUAACACUUGUGGGACUUUUUGCAAGUAGUGAGUGGUCAACUUUGAGGGAAGAAAUGAAUGAGUUUCAACUUGGGAAAGUUUCAUAUGUCAUGACAUUAUUAUGGAUCACUAUAACAUGGCAAAUUUACUUCAUUGGAGUAGUGGGUUUAGUACUAGAAGUCUCUUCACUCUUCUCUAAUGUCAUAAGUGUUUUGGGUUCACCUAUUGUCCCAAUUAUGGCUGUGUUUUUCUUCCAUGAAAAUAUGGAUGGGGUCAAAGCUAUGGCUAUGGUUUUGGCUAUUUGGGGUUUUGUUUCUUAUGCUUAUCAAAACUAUCUUGACAAUUGUAGUUCCAAGAAUGAUAAUCCAAUAAGGAAUGGUCAAACCAAUGUUACAUGCUAAUAUCGUGCCUAUUCAAGUUUAAAAUAGUUUGUUUUACUUGAGACAGCUUAAGUUUAAUUGGAUGGUCUCAUGUUGUUUUGUUUAAAUUUUCGGAGUAAUUAGACAUUUUGUUUUUAGUCACUCAUAUUCUAAUUUUGUAUGUUUUUAGCUAAGCAAUUAAUAACUUAUUUGGUUUUAGUUAACCUCUGUUCAUUUGACUUGUAAACAAAGUUUAAUUAUGUAAUUAUUUUAUGUACUAUUUUUUAUAAA